AUGGAGCCUCCAGCAGCUCCCUACUCGCCUUCAACCCAUCCGCCGAUCAUCAUGGACAAACUCGAGGUUGGAUCCCUCUACAUCAUGAUCUCAGUCCCAUUCUCCAUCUACUUUGGCAAGAAGAAGCACAUCUACGCGACAAGUCUCCCCGACGACCCGAACUUCCCCUUCUGCACUUACGAGCUCAUGGUCUCUCAGGGCCUCUCCACCGAAGAAUUUCACUGGGACCUCUAUUGGCAUACCUCUGACACAACCACCGAUGAGCUCAUUCCCCGGGAUGGCGAUCAAUUCGCCAACAGAAGCGCCAAUGUCGACGAGGGAAGUGGUAUCCUCUAUCGCCUCCGGCCCCUCGAAAUCUGUCCCGCAUCCUACACCUGCGACCGCCUCACAAUCACCCGCGUCCGCUCCCACGCCCAACUCGUAGGCCUCAUCCGCGUCCUAACGGUGCCUCCCGCUUUCAUCCCACACCUAACGCAUUAUCUCGACUGGAUGACCGCCGAGUCGGCUCGCGUCGCCGAGCGAAGCUACGUCUGGGCCACGAUGGCUUACUACCGCACCCGCCGCCACCUCCUUAAGAUCAAAGGCGCGCGCGAUCAUACCUUUAAUCAAUUCGACAUUUCGCGCUUCACGGCGGAGCUGCUGUCGUUUGCCUACGCCGAGGUUCCUGGAGCGUUACUAUUCGGUGGCAUGGGGGUGCCGAGACCUGUUAUUGCGUCUUAG